ACACUCGUGCACUAGCCUGUGGUCCAGCAGGAGAGAGCUGGAGUAUGUUCACAAUAAAGACGUCACCCUCCACUUUGACCGUGCCAACCAAGUGCGCAGCUCUUAACUGUACAACUACAAUCUCGACAUGCUUACGGGCAACCGAGGAAUCCUCGCACCCCCUGCGCUCGUCAACACAAACAUUCUGGCACCGACAUCUGCAGUGGCUCGGUAGUCUGGACAUCGUUUUUCACUACAGGACGUUUUUGAGCACGCGGAGUUCUUUGCUGCGUACUUUAAGCUCAACCUGAUUCUCUAGGAUUUAAAGGAAGGAGCAGAAGGACUCUUAAGGUGAGGGUGAUGAUGGAGGAGGUGUCAGGUGUCCGGUCUCGUACUGCAAAACCCCUCUGCAGUCUGCUGGAAUGGAAGAAGAGAGUCAAAUCUGAGUACAUGAGGUUAAGACAGCUGAAACGCUUUCGUAAAGCUGAGGAAGUUAAGGCUCUGUUCCUCUCUAAUCGGCGUAAGAUUGAAGCAAGGACUGAACUCCUGAAUGAGGAAUGGUCUAAGCUCCGAAUCCAGUCCAUCCCUCUGUCCAAGCCCAGUGGCUCUGUGCCCAGCAAAAAGUUGUGCAUGGUAGAGUUUGGCUUUCCGUCCUUUCCGAACCAGUCAGUUGCCAUGCGUCCCUUGACAACUGUUGCUGGGAUACCAUUCAUGUACUCCUGGUCCCCUUUGCAGCAGAACUUUAUGGUGGAAGAUGAGACAUUUCUACAUAAUAUCCCCUAUAUGGGAGAUGAGGUGUUGGAACAGGAUGAGGCUUUCCUGGAGGAGCUGAUCGAUAAUUAUGACGGGGUGCAUGGAGACAGAGAGGGAGGCAUCAUAAAUGAUGAGAUCUUUAAGGAGUUGGUGGAGGCUCUAAGCCAGUACUCAGACCCAGAGGAAGAGGAGGAGGAGCCCACAGAGGGAGCAGAAAGUAAGGAGGAGGAGAAAGGGACACAGCAAAGUACAACAGAGGGACCAGAGGAAUCAAAAGUGGGCUUCUUCAAGAGGAAGAGGAGGAGCACUGCUGAAGGAAGAGAGCUCUCCACCAAUAAGAAGAUUCCUCAUGACAAGAUCUUCACAGCUGUAGCGUCCAUGUUUCCAUACAAAGGCACCAUGGAGCAGCUGAAAGACAAGUAUAAAGAUCUCCUGGAGCCAUCAAGUCCUGUGAAGUUGCCUCCACUCUGUACGCCUAAUAUGGACGGUCCCUUUGCCAAAUCUGUUCAGAGAGAGCAAAGUCUACACUCCUUUCACACACUCUUCUGUCGUCGUUGCUUCAAAUACGACUGCUUCCUGCACCCAUUCCAUGCAUCUCCCAACGUGUACAAGAGGAAGAAUAAAGAGAUCAGAAUGGAGACAGAACCCUGUGGACUCGAUUGCUUUCUUUUGCAGAAAGGAGCAAAAGAGUUUGCUGAUAAGAACAUGCUUAGGUCUCAAAGGCCUCGUCGGCGACGGCGACAGCCCCGCCCCUCAAGUUCAUGUGGCCCCACCCCCUCAGGCUCAGGCGAAGAGGGAAAAGGAGACAGUGACCAUGAGACAACCAGCUCCUCAGAGGGUAACUCUAGGUGUCCCAGCCCCACUAAACUGAGACCAGGAGAGGAAGGAGCAGAGGAGUCUGAGUCACCUCAACAGUGGAGCGGAGCAGAGGAGUCUCUGUUCAGAGUCCUGCAUGGCACAUAUUACAACAAUUUCUGCUCUAUUGCACGACUCAUUGGCACCAAGACAUGCAGAGAGGUAUAUGAGUUUGCCGAGAAAGAGGCACUAAUUCUCCGUGUUCCGCUGGAGGAUGGUGGGAUCUCACCUCAGAAGAAGAAACGAAAGCACAGAUUAUGGGCAAAGAUACAGUUGAAGAAAGACAACUCAUCCAAUCAAGUGUACAAUUUUCAGCCUUGUGACCACCCUGAGCACCCCUGUGACAGUUCCUGUCCAUGUGUGAUGACCCAAAAUUUUUGCGAGAAAUUCUGCCUGUGCGAUCAUGAGUGUCAGAAUCGGUUUCCUGGCUGUCGCUGUAAGACUCAGUGUAACACUAAGCAGUGUCCAUGUUAUCUGGCAGUGCGUGAAUGUGAUCCUGACCUCUGCAUGACCUGUGGGGCCGCAGACCACUGGGACAGCAAACAAGUCUCCUGCAAGAACUGCAGCAUCCAGAGAGGACUCAAGAAGCACCUGCUCCUGGCCCCAUCUGAUGUUGCAGGGUGGGGUACAUUCAUCAAAGAGCCAGUCCAGAAGAACGAGUUCAUCUCGGAGUACUGUGGAGAGCUUAUCUCGCAGGAUGAGGCAGACAGGAGGGGCAGGAUCUAUGACAAGUACAUGUCGAGCUUCCUGUUCAACUUGAACAAUGACUUUGUAGUGGAUGCCACUCGAAAAGGGAAUAAAAUACGGUUUGCCAACCACUCUGUGAACCCCAACUGUUAUGCAAAAGUCGUCAUGGUUAAUGGAGACCAUCGCAUCGGAAUCUUUGCCAAGCGAGCCAUACAGCGUGGAGAGGAGCUCUUUUUUGAUUACAGGUACAGUCAAGCAGAUGCAUUGAAGUAUGUGGGUAUUGAGAGAGAAAUCGACAUAGUAUAGACAUGCUUUCAUUAUUAGUAUCUCCGCAUCUUUUAUCUGGUAAAAUAUUUUGCCUACUCACAAUGCUUUGCACCUCACUGAGAGUGGAAGAAAACAUGGUUUUCUGCCUUCUGGGCUUUAUGAAUGCCCAUAGGGAGAGUUUUUGUAAUGUCAUGCUUAUUUGUAUGACAUCACAGAGUCAUUUAAUGUCAUUCCAAGGGGGAUGUCACUACCUUGAUCCUCUGAUUUGACCUGUGGUUUGAUUUGAAUUGUCUGAACAAGCGUUCUUGUUUACGUUUUUGGGAUGACGUUUGUGACAACUUGAAGAAACCAAAAGGUUGUAUCCUCAAAUCUACGAAUCCACAUUUGCACUAAAUGGCCAACACCACAGGAUCUCGAUAAGAUAGAUUCCACCAUUUUCCAGUGAUGUACCUCUAUCCACUAACAGAUGAUGUAAAGAAGAAAAAAAUGCCAGUUCUGUUUUUAAAUUAAAUCUCUCCAUUCACAAGUCUCUGUAAACAGCUUGAACCGUAAAUAGUUAUAUCCUCUAUAUGCUCUAUAUAUACUGUAACUGCAAACUGAAGGCAUCACACCUUACUGUUGUUGUUGUUUUUGGUCAGAAUAUUUCAUUGUGGAACACAUCAAGCAAUAUUUCAAUAUUACAUUUGCACUUAUAGUAGUCAGUCAAGUCAAGCUACAGUAUUUUCUCUCUAGAAAAAACUUAACUAUUAGCGCAAUCUUCAGUACUCACCUUCAAAUUGCUUUAAUUUGAUGUUAGCCUGUUACUGUAAUGUGCAUUGAUCUGCAUCUCUUAAGGUUUUUUCAUUAUCUUUGUCAGCCAUAGCAUAUGCCAAGUGUUUUAAAUGUAGUGUGGCUGGCAAAUACUCGGGAAAAGUGUGUUUAGAUCUGUCUUUCUGUCUGUCUGUUUCUAAAUAUCUUUUCCUUCAUCAGCUGUAAGCAGCUUGUUGUAUUGCACAAAGCUGGCUAAUGUUGUCAGAGAUGAGCAUUCUAGCUAAACUAGCACUAAGGCAGUUAAACUUCAUUUCUGCUUAAAUUGUAUAAGGUAAAAUGUUGUUCAUGUUCUGUAGUAAUAAACAAAACAAGUAACCAUGUAAACCGACAGGCUGAAUGUGAACUAAAGAGUGACUUAAAGAACAUUGUUUAGCCGGCUUUUUUAGAAUGAGUUUAUAAAAUAGGCCUAACAAGUGGGUUCCACUGUCAUCUGUACCAAUUUAUGUAAAUAAAGAGCUAAACCAAA